GUCCCGGAGGAUCGGCAGGGGUGUGCAAGUGAUCCUUAUGCGAGCCCCCCGACUAUUGGCAAAAAGUGUGAAUUUAUCAAGAAUCGAAUUCGAGCAAAUGAGUCGUGAAUUGCGUCUAGGGGGGGUUUUCGGGCCAAGGAAUUCAUUGCGGUGAUCGGUAGCCUGCUAGAGUUUGAUUGGAUGCCUGUGGGGCGGUUUUGCUCCAUGAAAUUCAGCCAAAACGCCACUUACGCGCAUCGUCCAUGAAAAUUUAACGAAAUCGUCUUUGUUGUGGACUAGCCGCUUGCUCGUCCUUCUGCGUUGUUGUUGUUGUUGAUUCCACCAUUGUCUACCAGACAAACUGAUGAGAAUUUACCGUGGAAAACUGCUCAUCCUUUUCCACCUGAAAAUGGCUAGGAAAAUUAAUCAGCAAAAAGCAUGCAUCUGCACACGACUUUCAUCGAUUUCAAGAUCAAUUUUUCUAUGUAAUUUUUCUAAAUCUUUCAAAUCUGCAGGAGUACAAACCACACCACGUACUACAAACACAGAGGAAGUAUCUAAGCCGAUAGGUACCGAGUUGAUAGAGAAUCCCCCAAGUCGAUGCCGGUGUUCAACUGACCAAGCCCGGGGUCGCUGUCUCUUUGAUGAUCAAGUUCAUGGUUCGUGUUCCUAUAACAAUGCGAAUGCGCGAGCUGAUGACGUAGUUGAACCGGUUUUCCGCGUUUGGAAUCGCGUCUAACUGUACUCAUCAGCUGAUGGAAGGCUCAUAGCCCAUAGGCUCAUACAUACCAGUACCUAAGCCUGCCUCGAAAUAUUUUUUAGACGCGAGCUCUAGAGAAAUAGACGUACUUGUGUAGCAAGGUAUGCAGUUAAUUCUCUUGUACCUACCAUUUCGAUAUUGUGUUUAUUAUUCGAACACAGACAGUCACACAGCACACAGCCCAGAUUAUUAGUUGCUUCGCGCCACUCGUAUUCGGUUCAGCUGGUCUGUUUCGCGUUAUUGCGACUGCGAUGAUCGAUACCAACAACGUAGGCCAAAAAUGGAUCGUAAAUUUUAGUUCUUGGAUCACAAUGAAUGCAAAAAUAUGCUAACCAAUGUUUCAAUAUUGAUCGCGUAUUUUUCAACAGUGCCAUUCCGGUGGUUGUUGUUGUUAAUCCACAUCGUGUCCGGCUCACUGCACAGUCACCCUGAGGCUGAACUCGAUUUAUUCACGGAUAGCGCCGUUGACAGGUUGUACGCUUUUGAUAGUAUCAUUCGGCUGAACGAAGUUCAUAAAAGCAAUUCUGAGAGUGAUUUGGCCUUCCAGACUACUGGAAAUGUUCAGCUUUCGGUGAUAUGGCAGAAUCCUGAUGAUCGAUUGGAAAAGCUGCUUCAGUUCAGAAUAGAUUCGUUGAAAAUUACGCUAAUCAAAUAUCAAAAAAAUUCGUCAUGGAAAUUCGAGGAGCAACCGACCAAAUCUUUAGACGAUUUGAAGAACGACGUAUUCCUCGUGCACUGGAAAAAUUUCAAAAUCUUGAACAUAUACCUGAAUCCGGAAGAAGACGUAUCGUUGAGAAACAUCAAAAAAUCAUUGGCCAGCUUAUUUCAGUUUCAAAAGCAUCACAUUCACACCGAAGAAUGCGACAUAUGUGGCCUAUGUUCCGUAACAUACGAACUCAUCGUUUCAAAAACAAUCUUGAAGACGAAAAACAAGUGUAUCUCGAACCUACCUGAUAAUCAGCAUCCCGAAAAGAUGUUGGGCACGAAUACGAAUGUAAGUAGAAGAGUCUUGUACCAAUUUGACGACGAUAAGAUGAGCAAUUUGGUCAGAGCAACGUUGUACGAGAAUAUCGAUCUUAAUAUCUACAUAAAGCGAGAAAUUGGUGCUUCAGCUACUGCUUCCAUGGAUCUCAGCUUGAUUGGUACAAAUUCUUCGACUACUAACCGAAAAAUGUUACCAUAUAAUUCGUAUGAAAAAGUCAUCAUCAUAACCAUCGCGAAUCUUGACCUUAAUUUGGAACCAGAUAACUUGUACAUCAUCGAGGAGCCUAUUCAGUCGACUGUCAAACCGUUACCAAAAGUGAUCAAAGAUAAUGAAGAAUAUUUAAAAAGCAACAACUUAGGCAACGCGACAUCUGCUUCGGCUUUUCUUGCUGUGCUCAGAUCAGUUCUUCAAUCUUCAGAAUUAGAAAUAAGCGAAGUUUUGAAAAACAAAGAAAACGAACUCAUUAUAGAACAAUUAAUGGAUGUGCUGGGAUCUGCUCAAACGUUACCUGCCCAUAAAUCCGUUUUAAAUCAUUUCAAUUUCGUUAAUCCUGGCCCGUCAUUGGAUGCUGUGGAGCGAUAUUUGUGGUCAUUGUCUGUCGCCAAGAAACCAAAAAUCGAAUUUGUACGAGAUUUGAAGAAUAUUAUAAAUCAAAAACCAAACGAUGUAAAAUUAUUAGAUUCUCUAGUCUUAUGUUUAACUGCGAUGGCGCGUAAAAUUUCAGAUGAAGUGGCGUUGGAGGUGUACUCUUUCAUUACAGAAAAAAUGUCACAAUGCAAACAAGACGAUCCUUGCAAAAUAACCUUCAUUAGGUCGUUGAAGAAUUUAGGAAGUCCGCAUUCAAAAUCGCUUCUACUGGACUUUGCUUUGAAUGGCACCAGAUCAGUGACCGUAAAUGCUCUAAAGGUGCUCUACGUGUUACCACAUUCCAGCUGGGAUGAACAAGUUCUCUCAGCUAUGGAGAAAAUCUACUACCAAAAAGACAAGAAGUACGACAGCAGUAGCAGAGUGAUUGCCGUCGAUAUUCUCCUGGAAGCUGAUCCCAGCGAACAAACUGUAAGACAUUUGGUGAAAUCGUUAUUGUCUCACAGCAGUUUCGAAAUAAGGAAAUACCUUCUCCAAAGACUCAAUCAGAUCGCUUCGAACGACCAGAAAUUUUCCAAUAUUUUUAAACGCUUGAUGAGAGAGGAAAAUAUGAAUCAUUAUGGCAUUUUGGCUCAACGAGGUUUGUCCAACGUGCUCAGAAGAACGUUUUCAGAAGACCCAAGUGUGAAUGCUACCCUCUUCUGCGUCAAUGAAAUCUCAAAAAGUGUGCUCAAGAAAGGUCACGUUGGCGUUUCACUCCAAAGGUUCAAUGAUACGUUGGAAGUGGGCGCACUAGAUAUAUUCACCGAUGGAUUAAGCUCUUUCCUAUGGUCAGAUGACACUACCACUGUUGAAGACGAACUUGACGAGCCUGAAGACUUGACUGCUGGUUUAGAGGCAUCUGUGCUAGGUGUGCAAAUUCGACCUUUUGUAUUCUUCGACGGGCACGUUCAACUGAUGGGUCACAUUUUCUCUGGAACAGCCUCUGAGAAAACCACCGCUUUACAAGGCACAGCUCUGCUUCAAGAAGUCGACCAAAUGAUAGCUCUAGGAACGGGAAACAUCCUCAGGGUUCAACUGAAUGGCGCCGGUUCUUACGAUUUAUCUGGUCAAAUUCAAUUCAGCCUUUGGAAGCGAAAUGCCCAUGCUUUAGUAGAAGCAGCUGCUGGGGGCUCUAUAGAAGGCACUCUCAAUGUAAGCUCGUCAUUUGUCAAAAAUGGCGUUGAUUUCAAAGUAUACUCUCAACAGAAAGGCGAAAUGACCGGUGAUCUCGAUUUUCAGGACGAAAAGGCCUUCUGUUUAAGAAUUUCGCAAUUGGACUCUGAAGUCAGAUCGGUCGGUGAGAAAUACCAAAAGUUGGAGGAAACGAAGUUCGUUCAUAUGCAGAAGAGACGCUCGAAAGUGGUAGUUCCGGGACGAACUUUCGCACUGAAUCAAAAUAAUAACGAAAUGUGCAACGAUAUAUUGAAAAAACAGCCAUCCUGAGUCGUAAUUAAAAAUCAUCAUUGAAAUUUUCACACGCAUCCUCAUAAUUGACGUCGAUUUUCUAAUUACCUAAUCCAAGAUGUUCGCUUAUUUAUUUCUAUUAUUUUUGUUCUUCAAAACUGGGAACAAUUUCCAUCCCUCCCCCUUCUAUCUCUAAAAAAUAAAGAAAAUUUGAACACUUG